CUCCCGGCGUACCCCGCGCGGCCCCGCCCCGCCCCGCGCGCGCCGCCAUGGGGGCCGCCGUCUGCUUCGGCUGCGCCGGGAUCGCCUUCGGGCCGGCGCUCGCCCUCGUCCUGCUCACGGUGGCGGCGGAGCCGCUGCGGGUCAUCGUGCUGGUGGCGGGGGCGUUUUUCUGGCUGGUGUCGCUGCUCCUGGCGUCUCUGAUCUGGUUCAUUUCAGUUCAUCUCAGCGACCGGGAGGACGCCAAGCUGCAGUAUGGCCUCCUCAUCUUCGGGGCUGCCGUCUCCGUCCUGCUGCAGGAGGCUUUUCGAUUCGCCUACUUCAAGCUGCUGAAGAAAGCGGACGAGGGCCUGGCGAUGAUCAGCGAGGACGGCCGGUCCCCCAUCUCCCUGCGGCAGAUGGCUUACGUCUCCGGCCUGUCCUUCGGCAUCAUCAGCGGCAUGUUUUCCGUCAUUAACAUCCUGGCCGACUCCGUCGGGCCGGGCAUCGUCGGGAUCCACGGGGAUUCACCGUACUACUUCAUCACGUCCGCGUUCCUCACCAUGGCCCUCGUCUUGCUCCACACCUUCUGGGGCGUGAUCUUCUUCGACGCCUGCGAGAAACGCCACUACUGGUGCCUGGGGCUGGUGGUCGCCAGCCACCUCCUCACCUCGGGGCUGACGUUCCUGAACCCCUGGUACGAGGCCAGCCUGGCCCCCAUCUUCGUCAUCACCCUCUGCACCGGCCUCUGGGCCUUCGUCACUGCCGGGGGCUCCCUCCGCAACAUCCUCAAGUGCCUUUCCUGUAAGCAGGAGGACGACAGCAGAGUGAUGAUGUACUCGGCGCUGCAGGUGCCUUUGGAGGACUGAGCAGCAGCCGCGGCCCUGCCCGCGCUGCCCGCGCUGCCCGUACCCAAGUGCCCUCUUCUCGGCAGCUGGAAGGUCACACCGCUGCCUUCGUCUCCGCCGCCCGGCUGAGCCCCGGCCCCUCACGGUGGUGCAGAGGUGGCCCCGCGCCCCGGCCCUUGCCAGGGGGAUUGCCGGGGUCGCGCCCCGCGCCGGAGUGGAUUGCCGGGGUCCCACCGGUGCUCGUGGAUGCCCCGUUAGCUUCGCUAGACUGUUUCCUCACAGGGUAUGGCUGGGGGGGCGGGGAGGGGCAGGGGGGGCUGUGGUGCGGCUGGGCUUGUGGGGCUCAGGGCAGGACCCCCCUUCCUCGCCCCUCCCCUCCCCGAGGGGCCCCCGCUUUGGCCCCAGCCUGGUGUAACCCGCUGCUGUUCCCUGGAGCGGGGUGAUGCUCUCGGGGGAGGGGGGGGGGUUCUGCCUCGCUUGCCCCCUCUCUGCUCCCGGCCGGGGGGCGGCUGGGGGGCGGGGAGCACGUGUUACCCUGCUGUGUGACUGGGGGGGUAAAUUAUUUUUUGGAUUCAGAGUAAAACCCUUUUAAUAGAGUAACGGGU